AUGUCGACUACUUUCGAAUCUCUCCCAAUUGUGGACUUGAGUGUCCUCCAGAAUUCAACCAAGCUAAGAGAUGCCGAAUUCAAAAACCUCAGUGAUCGAUUGUAUGAAGUGUUUUCCACCACUGGAUUUGCGUAUCUCGUCAAUACACCCUUGAGCUUCAACCAUGGCGAGGUGUUUGGCAUGACUCGGGAAUUUUUCCAAUUGCCCAUUGAAGCGAAAAUGAAGAUGGCAAAGAAGACAUUUUGCAAGGAAAACCGCAAUACCUAUCGAGGGUACUUUCCAACCCAGCCUACAGAGGCAUCUGACAAUCUGAAAGAGGGCUUUGAGAUUGGCCCUAGGAAUCCCGCAUCUUCCGUUUCUCACACCUCCAAAUCUUCCAAAUUUAACCUAUCUGAGCCGAAUGUAUGGCCGGAUGACCCGGAGUUCUCAGCUAGACCUCGGUUGGAACGUCUCUACGAGGAACUCCAAGCAUUUGCAUCGACGUUGCUCUCUUUACUUGCCAUGUCCCUUGGCAAAGACGUGCAUUUUUUCGAUAACUACCUUGAGGAUUCGCUGAGCACUCUUCGUCUUCUUCACUAUCCCGCUGUUGGCAGCUCAGACUCUGAUGCAUCCAGUGCAGCAUCAUCAUUCGACUCACUCCAGGAGGCGAAGCUGAGCUGUACACCGCAUACUGAUAGUGGCAUUCUGACUCUUCUCCACCAAGAUGCAACUGGCGGCUUGCAAGUCCGCAAUGCAUCUGGGAAGUGGGUACCAGCCCCAUAUAUACCCGAGUCGCUGGUAGUUAAUAUUGGGGAUUUGAUGGCCAAGGUUUCUGGGGGUCAGUUUGUUGCGACGAUGCAUAGAGUUGCUGCACCAAAAGCUGCGUCUACAGAUGGUGGCCAGGGUGUUCCCGGAUGUAAUGGCCGGCUGAGCGUUCCGUUUUUCUUUGAGCCAGGCGAAAACUGUAUUGUAAAGUCGGUUGAUGAGAAGGAUGAGGGUAUUGUUUAUGGGGAUCACAUGAGGUCGAAGAUGAAAACAUGGGUUGAAUACCAGGAUGGCAGCUAG